GCCUGGUUCGCAGCCCUGCGGGCGCACCGGGCGUCGGGGCCUGAGAGCCGCGCGCUGCCUCCCGAUCCCCGCGGCCCCCCUUUCGGCCGCGCUGAUUGGCCGCUCCCGGGCCUUCCCCUGCGCGGGCUCCACGGCCCAGCGGAAAGUUUUCUGUGUCCGGAGGAAGUUGGACCUUUGGAGACUCGGAGACAGCAGCUCCCGAGGCUGCGGGGCUCUGCGCGGCCAUGGAGAUGGAGGAGCCCCCUUUGCGAGAGGAGGAGGAGGAAGAGGAGGAGGAGGACGAGGCUGGCCCCGAGGGGGCUCUGCGCAAGAGCCCCUUCCAGCUGACCGCCGAGGACGUGUAUGACAUCUCCUACGUGGUGGGCCGCGAGCUGAUGGCGCUGGGCAGCGACCCCCGGGUGACACAGCUGCAGUUCAAAAUCGUCCGCGUGCUGGAGAUGCUGGAGACGCUGGUGAGCGAGGGCAGCCUGGCGGCGGAGGAGCUGAGGAUGGAGCGGGACAGCCUCCGCAAGGAGGUGGAGGGGCUGCGGAGAGAGGGCGCGGCGGCCAGCCCCGAGGGAAGCCUGGGACCAGGCAAGAUGAUGGUUGACCUGACCGACCCCAACCGGCCGCGCUUCACUCUGCAGGAGCUGAGGGACGUGCUGCAGGAGCGCAACAAGCUCAAGGCGCAGCUGCUGCUGGCGCAGGAGGAGCUGCAGUGCUACAAGAGUGGCCUGAUUCCAGCAAGAGAAGGCCCCGAAGGGAGAAGAGGAAAGGACACUAUGGUUGCCAGGGCCAGCAACGCCAGCAGAGACAAGGAGGAGAAGACCAUCAUAAGGAAGCUGUGAGUCACCUUGCUGCCCGCCGCUGCCACU